AUGGAGGAUGGGCUGCCCAUGGACAGCGGCGCUUCCGCUUCAAAAGCAAAGACACCCCUGGACAACAUCCAGGAGAAGGUCUCGGUCAUUGUGGACAACGUGUGGCAGUACGUGCACAUCGCGGCCGCGGCCUUUUUGUUCUACGAGGACCGGCUCCUGUGCCUCUACUCCCUGCUAGGCUUCGCCAGCCUUUGCGGGGGCGUAGUGGUGGCCUCGUCCUCCGGCGUGGUGCCUACCAUGGGCGAGGAGCUGUGGAGGAUCGCGAUCCCGGCUUCCGCCAUUCUGUCUGUGACCACAUCUUUGGGCUGCCGGGUGGCUGGGUGGAUCUCCACCAAAGCCACGGUGGUGUUCUGCCUACUGCUGCCUUUGGCGGUGAUGGGCCUCACCACGGUGACCUUAAAGAACGACAAGACGGCGGCAAUGAGCUGGCCGGCCGCGAGAUUGCCGCUCUUCUACGCCGGAGACGGCGGCGUAUCACCCUCUGGCCGCGCCCAGAAGCCGGCCACGCGGCGGUUGCAGGUGAAGAGGAUGCUGUGGCCGUGCGAGGAGCUGAAGUCCCCCAGUCCGGAGCUGCUCCGGGUGUCCAGCCCCCAGCGCCUGCGCCAGGUGUUUCCAGCGCCAAGGCCUGUGGGCUACGCGACGGGUCCGACGUCGCCCUCCUGGUCCUGCUGCUCCUGCGAGGCCACGCGCUUGGGAGCCUCCAGGGCCCGCUCAAGGGAGCAGGAGGUGUCGGCCUCGCCCUCGCCCAGCUGGCGGUCCAGGUCCGCUUUGGAGGAGAGGCAUGACGAGGCACCCGCGGCUUCAUCCCCCAGCCGGCAGAUGCCCGAGCCCUGCACGUGUUGCCUGGCGCCGGAGGAGUGCCGCUGGGAGUCAAUGCCGCCUCUGGCGAGUGCAAAGACCUUGGGAUUGGCUGGGGAUGUGGAGCAGGUGAUCAGAGCCCCGCCCGGCGAGCUGGCGACCUCCCUGGUGAACGUCUUCGGAUCCGCGGGGGUCAAGGCCAUCUUUGGUCGGAGUGCGGAGGGCGCCCGCAGGCUGCAGUGCAGCGGUUUCAACCAUGUCUUCAUGAUCGAGCUGGGUGGCAAGUUGGCCAAGUGCAUCAGGCCUCAUGGGGGCGCGGGCGGGAACUUCAGCGAGGUGCUGGAGGCCCAAAGGCUGCGGAAGGUCUUCCCCACCAUGCCCCAGGACCCCCAAGUGCUCUUCCCGGACAAGGCCUUCUUGUGCAAGGACCGCACGGGCCUGCUCGUUUGCGAGGUGCUGGUCUUCGAGUACCUCUCCAACUGCCAAUCUGUGGCGGACCUGUGGCGAUCCUUUGAGCGCACACACCCCUGCGGCGUCCGACGAUGCGCGGCAGCCUGCGCAGAGCACCGCGCAGAUGAGCGCGAUGAGGUCCAGUGCGAGCACGCCCGCGCGCUGCGGGCGCUGGUGCGGCAGGCCGCACAGCUCGCGAGGCGCUUUCAAGAAACCCACGGGCGGCGGCACGGCGACCUGAAGGCCGACAACGUGCUGGUGGACCGGCGGGGGCGGUUGCGCGUCUCCGACUUCUUGAGCCCUUUCUGCGUCGCUUGCGACAGGGAGGAGUUUUGCUCCUCCAUCCGCAGUGGGCAUCCUCUUUCGCAGGAGAGCUGCAGAAGGCCUUCGAGGAGGAGUGGCACAACAGCGUGUCCCAGGAGAGCCCGCGGCGCGUCGCCUGGCUGGCGGAGGAGAUGUCCCGACUUUCGGAGGCUUCCAGCCAGUCCUUGUUCGGGCCCAUGCCUGACCUGCUGCAGAGCGUCCCGGGCUUUCGGCCCCCGACAUGCCCAGGCCCGGACCUCUCCCCGAGCGACGUGGGCGACGCGCGCGACGCGCUCUCGGCGUCCGCCGGGGCUGUGGCGGCCGGCACGCCGCAGUCGUCCCCCAGUGGGCACUUCUCUUUCUUCAAGUCCAGCAGAAGCUCCCUGGGAGCGCCGAAGGCCACGCCGGCCUGGGGCCGUGCUGGGACGGCUCCAGCCCUGCCUGGCAGCCAGUCAUUUCAGCUCACGGAGCCCAACCUCUUGA